GCACCAACCCAUCGCAGGGCACACUCACACAGACCACUCACUCACACAUGCAGACCUACGGGCACUUUGGCAAAUCCAAUUAACCUCAGCAUGGCUUUGGGAGAGAGUACCCGGAGGAAAUCCAUACAGAAUAUUUCUUCUUUUUCCGACCCAACACAGGAAAAAAAUGGCUUUAGUUUCUCCGUGGGCCCCCAGUGAUUCUGCUUCCUCAAUGCCUGCCCAUGAAAAUCACUUAACACGGCAGUUUAUUAUUAUUUUUAAAUUAACCUAUUAAUUGGCCAUGAGUUAAUCACUUGAAGCCUUCCUCUAGGAGCAUUAAGUGAAAUAUUACAUGUGAACUGUAUCACCCCAGGAAAGGAAUAAAGCUUGAGGACUUUUAUCUAAGGCAGCAUUGUAAGGUAUGUCACCUGUGUACCAUUAUGCACAGUCGUCCAGUCCGCCCUCAUCCAAUUCGCAGUUUACCGCAGUACAAAAAAGUGUUUUUUUUAACCACUCUUCCGUCAUCCUCUGAGGGAUAUAUAAAAAAACAUUUUCUGAGCUCCGUCAUCCCUUCACUUUUUUCUUUUUCUUUUCCUUGCUCUAUUGACUUGGGAAUUAGGCUAAAACGUCUCCCUUUCUUUCAGGCGAGUCCUGUACUGUAUAAUAACGUAACAUGUGUUUUAUUAGUGUAUUUAAUGUUGGUAAUGUCUUACUGUGUAUAAUUUUACGAAUUACCAUAUGCAUGUAUAUGGGGUAAUGGAUAGUUCAGAACUCCAGUUCUGUAGUUUUGCCAUGUCUUGAUUCAUUUUAAAUCUCUCACCAUUAAUUUGCAUUGCAGCAUUCAGCAGGAAACCUGUUACCCAUUUGCCUUGAACUCUUUGACAGAGGGUGAAAAAUGAGCAACUGUAGUUACACCCUAACCGAAGGUGUUGAAAAAGCAUAUUUGACCAUCACUAUUCCGACGUUCAUCUUUGGACUUCUGGGUAAUAUGGCUUUCCUGAUAGCAUUGUGCUGUAAGGGAAAAGAGGCUUUAAGCUGCAUGAUGAUCUACAUCGGGAACAUGACUCUUGCAGAUGGGAUUAUCCUCUUUACGCUGCCAUUCAGAAUGUAUUUCUUAAGGAAGACUUGGGCAUUUGAUAUGGAAUCUUGUUUAGUUGUGGUCUCUUCCUCCUUUGUCAACAUGUAUGUUAGCAUCUACACUGCCACUGCUAUAUGCGUUGUGCGAUAUAUUGCCAUAAAGUACCCAUUCCGAGCGAGGGAGAUCAUGUCACCGUGGAAAGCUGUGGUUGUGUGUGUAUUAAUAUGGCUGAUUGUUUGCUCAAUGAGUGCAUUAUUCCACAGAGUAGAUGCACUCCCUGCGAAUUUCACCAAAUUUAAAUGCUUUCAGCAACUCGGUAACAAGCCUUUACCGCUCAGCUUUAUUCUGGUUUUGGAUAUCUUAGGUUUCCUCCUACCUCUGCUCUGUAUGGCGUUUUGCUCUAUUAAAGUUGUCAGAUGUUUAUCUAAAAGGGUUGAAGGACACUCUGGAAAUGAGAAGACUCAGUGCAUUCGCAUUAUCAUCACCAAUUUGAUCGUCUUUAUAGUCAGCUUUGCGCCUUUUCAUUUUGGGUUCCUGUGGAAGUACCUCGUGCAGACUGUCAGCCCCCAAAAGUGCAACCUUUUGGAAUCUGUGCACAAUUUUGUUCACAUAAGUAUUGCCAUCUCGCACACUAACUGCUGUCUGGAUAUUUUUACCUAUUACUUUUUUAUCAAAGGCUUCAGGAAGAAUGUAUCACUAUCUAGCAGAGGUGGGGAUUUGAGUCACUGACUUGCGACUCAACUCUGACAAGUCACAAAUUUGAUGACUUGUGACUUGACUCCGCAGGAUGGAAACACGUGGACUCGAGGGCAAAUGAGUUGAGACUUGACUUGGACUCACCAAGGAAUUAUUCGUCCCCAUACCUAUGUAGCCUUGUGAGAAGACUGACGUGCUUUUAAAGAAAUUCAGUGAUAUAAACUGCUUUGUGCUACAUUUGAACCAGCUGUUCUGGUCAUGAAGCCAGUGAAACUGCAAGGGCACAGUGAAGGAUGUGAAAAUCACCAGGGCUAACCCCAUUUUUCAGCAGUGAAACUGAGACAGAACCGUUUUUUUAAUUUAACAACAACAGUGAUGUGACUGCUAUCCUCUAAACUUCUGUCACUGAAGAGGCAAAAGUUUACAAGGAGAAUCAGAAGGAUUAUUAGAAAACCCACUAUUGAAACAUCAGCUUUCUGCCAUUUUAUGCUUUUCAUACUGAUACUCAACAUCACUCACUUCACCUGGGGUGGUCAUAGAGUUUUGUUGCAUCGGUGUGUGUGAUUAUUUUUAUAUACCAACAUAGAUAUUGCCAGUCAAGUUUGGGCAUGCCAAGCUACCUACAAAGGAGAGUGAUGGUGUCGCAUCACAUGACUAAACAGUAGAAGGAGGAAUUUGACCAAAAAGUGAAGGAAGGGGCCAAUUAGUGCUCAGCACAUGUGGGACCUCCUUCAGGACAGUUGGGAAAGCAUCCCAGGAGGCCACCUCAUGGAACUGGCAUGGAGGAGACCAUAGGGGCAGCCAGUUUCUGGAGCAAUUGGGGACAAGGGUCUUGCUCAAUGGCCCAGUGGUGAGAUCACACUGCUGACCCAGGGAUUUGAACUGGCAACCUUCUGAGUUCCAACCAACAGGACUGCCCUCCCCCCAACAAAUGUUUUUUGUUUAAUACUUUGCAUAAUUGCAUAGGUGUUGUUUUAUAGUUUUUAAGUCUUUUCAGAAUAAUUCUAAAAUGUAGAAAAUAGUACAAAUAACCCUUACUGUAGGUAGGUGUGCCCGAACUUUUGACUGCUACUGUACACAUAGCUAUAGUUUUGUCAGAUAUCUAAACAUAUUCUAAAGUCUUCAUUUACAUGCAUGUAUCUCCAUGUACACAAAUCUUUGCAAUUCCCCCCCCCCCUUGUCUGUGUCUGUAUGCCUGUGUAUUUGUUCCAUCAAAACUUUCAGGACAUGCAUUAAUCAUUAAACAACCUUUAAAGUAA